CGUCAAGUCGUCAACACGAACCCCGUCGUCCACUCAUCUGUAACUAGCCAAAAUGGAAGGUAUAACCUCCGCAAUUAGACGCCCAAACUUCCACGAGAAGUAGCUGCGGCAAAGAUGACGUCAGUUGCGGUUGCCGUGAACGGUGGCGCAAGAUGCGGAGGCAAAGGAAGCAGUCGCGCUGUACGGUGGACGCUGAAUAAUUUCUCCCCGAGCGACCACCGGUUCAUCUUAGUCCACGUCAUGCCCGCGAUCAUUUCUAUCCCAACUCCAUCAGGAGAGCGCAUACCUAUUGAAGAAUUGGAUGCGGAUACGGUGGCUCUGUAUGUACAGGAGGUGAAGAUCAAGUAUGGAGAAAUAUUUAUUCCUUAUAAGAAAUUAUGCAAGGGAAUUGAGGUGGAAACAAUUGUGUUGGAGGAUGAUAACCCUGCAAAUGCACUUCUAAGAUAUGCGUCCGAGUCAGGGGUUGAUCAUUUAGUGUUGGGCUCUCGUUCUGUAAAUUGUAUACUGAGGAAGUUUGAAGGUCCAGGGAUACCAGAAAAUGUUUUGAGAUAUGCUCCUGAAACUUGUGGCAUUUGCAUUAUAUAUGGACGUCGAGUUAUCACAAAGUCAGCUCAUCCUUCAACCUCUGGUGGUUAUCGGGGAGGUUCCAAAUGCAAUAACGAGGAAGUAUCUGGGCUUAAUUCCUAUUCUUCAGUAUCCAGUGUUCAAAGGACUUUUGGAGCAUUGUCAAUGUCUAGUGGUUUCUUAAAUUCUGAAGCAUUGUCACAUGUAGACCCUUCUACAAGUGUUAACUUAGGAAUGGAAAGGGAUUAUCAGAACCUGGGAGGUUGUGAAAUUAUUACCACCAGACAUUGCAAUUCCACAGCUUCAACAAAAUCUGAGAUGUCAGAUGCGCAAGUUGAAGUUGAACAGCUACAGGUAGAACUUCAGAAGACGCGUGCCUUGUAUGAACAAGCUUGUACAGAGCUGGUUCAUGCCCAGAACACGGUCCAUUUACUUUCUUCUGAGUGCCUGGAAGAAGCAAGGAGAGUGAAUGCUGUCCUGGAAAGAGAAGAUAUAUUGAGGAAAACUGCCGCUGAAGAGAAAGCAAAGCGUCUGCAAACAAUCAAGGAGGUUGAGGAGGCAAAGACUUUACUUGCUAAAGAGGUUUAUGAAAGGCAGAUAGCUGAACUGAAUGCUCUCAAAGAGUUUUUGGAGAAACAGAAGUUUGUUGAUGUGCUUUUCUCGAGUGACAGAAGAUACAGAAGAUAUACUAGGGAUGAGAUAGAGGAAGCAACUGAUUUCUUCUCGGAGAACCGUGUGAUUGGCGAAGGAGGGUUCGGGAAAGUUUACAAAUGCAGUCUUGAUCACACUCCAGUGGCUGUUAAGGUUUUCAAUUCGGAUGCCAUUGACAAGAGAGAAGAAUUUCUGAGAGAGGUUGAAGUCCUUGGCCAGCAUCACCAUCCGAACAUAGUUUUGCUGCUUGGAGCCUGCCCCGAGACCGGUUCUCUGGUCUAUGAAUACUUGGAAAAUGGAAGCCUGGAAGACAAUAUUUUCCACUUAAAUGGAAAACCAGCUCUUUCUUGGAAUAGUCGGUUCCGAAUCACUUUUGAAGUUGCUUGUGGACUUUCAUUUUUACACAAUUCAAAACCAGAGCCUAUUGUCCAUCGAGACCUAAAACCAGGCAAUAUCUUGUUGGACAGAAAUUACACAAGCAAAAUCGGGGAUGUAGGGCUAGCUAAGCUCAUAUCAGAUAUUGUGCCUGACAACAUAACGGAGUACAGAGAGUCUGUUAUUGCAGGUACUUUCUACUAUAUGGAUCCUGAGUAUCAGAGGACUGGCACUCUUCGACCCAAAUCAGAUCUAUAUGCUUUCGGAGUUAUAAUCCUACAGUUACUGACAGCUCGUCAUCCAAAUGGACUACUAUUGACAAUUGAAAAGGCCCUUUUAGACGGUUCUUUCCCUAGCAUUCUAGAUAACUCGAUCACAGAUUGGCCACUUGCUGAAACGGAGGAAUUAGCUCGAAUCGCACUGAAAUGUUCAAGCCUGAGAUGCAGGGAUAGACCGCAUCUUGAUACUGAAGUGCUGCCAAUUCUCAAAAGACUUCAUGAGUUUGCUUACACUACACUAAAAGCUGGGGUAAGCAAUAAUCAUGCACCAAGCGACUACUUUUGCCCUAUUCUUCAGGAAAUAAUGGAUGAUCCACACAUAGCUGCUGAUGGCUUCUCGUAUGAGCACGGAGCAAUUAAGGCAUGGCUUGAGAAACACAAUGUAUCGCCAGUCACAAAGCUGAGACUCCAGCAUUCCUUUACUAUCCCAAAUUACACAUUGCAUUCGGCCAUAGAGGAGUGGAAGUCACGCGUAAAAUUCCAGAAAUCAUAAAUGGAAGAGAUGGUUCAAUUUGUUGCCACUUUAUGCAGAGCCUACAUUCGGGAAACUUCAUAAUCCUCUGGCUUAACUGUACCCAUCUGAGUCUCCAGUGUUUAAGCACAUGAACACAUGAAGCUGUAAACUACUGUAAUUACGUAACGUAAAUAGGGCUGCAUUGUUACUUCGACAAAUAGGAGCCCUCGAUGUGGGAUUUUCAUUUGUUAUACAGUAAUAACGACUUUGUUUCUCUGUUU